AUGAUAUGUGAGAGCAAUAACGAAAGUGAGAACAAUUCGUCGGCUCACAUUUCUAUUUUUGAGCAACGCGCAUACAUUAAAAUCGAAACGAUUCGUGGUAAAACAGUGCCUGAAAUUCAUGCCGCGUUAAAUGAAGUGUGUGGAACGGAUACUGUGGAUCGUAGUACGGUACAAAGAUGGCAUCAGCGAUUCCGUGAUGGUCGUAUAAGUAUUGAUAACAACCCUCGCUCUGGCCGACCCUCUACGGUUACUCAAGACAACACUAACGCGGCUAUUCUCGCAACUCUACUCGAUGAAGACCGACGAAUAACGGUGAGAGAGAUAGAGAAUGAAACAGGUAUUUCAAAAUCAAGUGUUCACCGCGUUUUAACGGAAAUUCUACAGAAACGAAAGAUUGCAGCACGUUGGGCGCCUCAUUUUCUGUCACCGGAACAGAAGGAUACACGCAAAGACAUCUGCCGUGAACUCCUUUCUCGCUACGAAAAUGAAAAAGAAACGUUUCUUGAUCGUAUAAUUGCAAUAGAUGAGACUUGGAUCCGUGAUUUUGAGCCGGAAUUAAAAUCGAGACAACGUGUUUGUAAACUGUAG